GAAAGGUCGUAACCAGAUUUCCUCCUGAGCCUAGUGGAUAUCUUCAUAUUGGUCAUGCUAAAGCAGCAAUGUUAAACCAAUAUUUUGCUCGAGAGUACAAAGGAAAAAUGAUUGUCAGAUUUGACGAUACAAAUCCUAGUAAAGAAAAGGAGGAGUUUGAAGAAUCGAUCAAAGAGGAUCUGGCCCUUCUCGGUAUACAUGCAGAUUUGCAGACUUAUACAUCUGACCACUUUGAGGAGCUUUACCAGUUUGCCAUUAAAAUGAUCAAAAAGGGAUUAGCAUAUGUGGAUGAUACUGAUGUUAAUACGAUGCGCGAACAAAGAAUGGAUGGUAUUGAUUCUAAAUGUCGAGAUUUAUCAAUCGAAAAAAAUCUUCAAAGGUUUGAUGAAAUGACAAAAGGCACCGAGUUUGGUUUAAGUUGUUGCCUGCGUGCGAAAAUUGACAUGAAAAAUCCAAACAAGGCUUUACGUGACCCCGUUAUUUACAGAUGUAAUUUGCUGCCUCAUCAUCGUACGGGGAAUAAGUGGAAACUUUAUCCAACAUACGAUUUUGCGUGCCCAAUUGUUGAUUCUUUGGAGGGUGUUACUCAUGCCUUGAGAACUAAUGAGUAUCGGGAUCGUAACGCACAAUAUGAGUGGAUGCUUCAGGCAUUAGAUCUGAAAAAAGUUCAUAUAUGGGAUUUCAGUCGGAUGAAUUUUGUAUACACUUUGCUAUCAAAACGAAAACUCCAAUGGUUUGUCAAUGAAGGUCUUGUUGAAGGAUGGGAUGAUCCAAGAUUUCCCACUGUUCGCGGCAUACGCAGACGCGGGAUGACUGUGGAGGCUUUGAGACAAUACAUUCUUACACAAGGUGCAUCGCAAAAUACUGUGAUGCUUGAAUGGGAUAAAUUGUGGGCAUUAAAUAAAUCAGUUAUUGACCCACUGGCUCCAAGACAUACUUCUAUUCUCAAACAGAACCUUGUCAAAUUCAAAAUACAAGAUGGUCCUGAAAAUCCUCAUUCUAAGGACUUACCAAAGCAUAAAAAAAAUGCUGAUGUUGGGAUGAAAAAAACCUGGUAUUCUUCGACCAUUUUUAUUGAUCAAGACGACGCCAAGACGUUUGAAAUUGAUGAAGAGAUCACACUUAUGGAUUGGGGAAAUGUCAUAGUCAAAGCUCUUCACAAAUCAGAUUCCAAUUCAGAACUGAUCUCCACUGGAGAAUUACAAUUACAUUUAGAGGGUGAUUUUAAAAAAACCAAAAAGAAGAUUACUUGGUUGGCUGAUACUCCUGAAGUAGUUGAAGUAAUGUUGGUUGAUUAUGAUUACUUGAUUAAUAAACGUAAAUUAGAAGAGAAUGAUGAAGUAGAGGACCACGUGACCAAAAAGACAGAAUUCCUAACGGGUGCCAUUGCCGAUUCGAAUGUAAAAGACUUGAAAAAAGGUGACAUAAUCCAAUUCGAGCGUAGAG